AUGAUCAUGUUCAAGCUCUUCGCAGCUUUACCUCUCGCCCAUGGCGUUAUUGCACAAUCCGCCGGCACUGGCGAAAAGGUCUGGGCUGCCGUCGCAUUCAUCAACCACGGCGAAAGAACACCCGUAAUUGCCAAUCUUCGUACCGUUUUGACACCCGAGGGAGCUCAGCAGAUGCUGCGACAAGGCACUGCAUUCCGUGCUCGAUAUAUCCCAGACGGUGUGAACAACUCCGACUAUCAGAGCAUUCAAAUCGCUUAUCUCCAGAAUCUCAAACCUGAUGUGAUUGACAAUGACGACCUCGACAUUAUUACCCAGUCAGAUGAAUGGGUAUCGACUGGUGCCUUGGCCUUUAUGCAGGGCUUCUACCCACCAACACCAAAUGCCUUUGAUAACAGCACUGGAGGCGAAGAAAUCGCCGUGAACUUGGCUUCUAGCGACAACAAGACUGGAUAUCCUCUAGACGGAUAUCAAUACCCCAGCAUUCGAGCCCCUGGAUACUACGAUCCAGAGUCAACUUCAUUACAAGGCACUUAUAGAUGUUCAGCAUGGCAGACAGAGAUCACCACAAACUUAACGCAGGAAACCGGCCUCGACGAGCUCUAUGACUCAACUCUGCCCUUCUACCAAAACCUCUUCUCUACUGCUCCAUUUGAUGGCACAGUUGACAUUGACUACGCCAAUCUCUGGAAUGCCUACCAGCUCUGGGAAUUCGUCGAUUAUCAGUAUCGACACAAUGAGACGGUCCACGAGGGGCUCAAAAACGCCAACUCAACGCUGUCGUUUCUGAACACUUAUGCCUUGUCCAUGGAGCGCGCACAAAACAGCUACCGCGGUUCAGACGACGGCGGCGAACUUGGUGCUCUCUACUCUGUCGCCGGCCGAACCAUGGCGUACAAAGUCGCAUCGCAGUUCAAGAGCAACAUUCGCUGGGGAAGCAGCUACAACAAACUCACACUCAUGUUUGGCUCUCUCGAUCCCAUCGUGAGCUUUAUUCAACUCUCAGGUCUUGUCACACAAGACAACAUGUUCCAGGCGCCUUGGUCAACGCUUCCCAAGCCUGGCGCAGCAUUGGUCUUUGAGCUUUUUGGUCAAGACCCAGAUGAUCCUGAUAAGCAACCGGCCACAGAUAGUCUUCGUGUGAGAAUGUCCUACCGUGCUUCAGCAGAUGCGGACGAGUCUUUUCAGAACCAGCCCAUCUUCAAGUCUGGUCCUGAUGGCAUCGCAUACUCGAGUUUCAUGCAGACUAUGAACAACCUUGGAAUAUCACCUAACCAGUGGUGCGACGUUUGUAGCCCGACGCCUGCUCCUUGGUGCAUCAUCGUCGACUCGGAUAGCUCCAACUGGGGAGAUGACUCUUCGAUUGGGCCAGUCAUCGCAGGGGUCAUUGGAGCAAUUAUCGCGAUCGCUGUUCUGGGUGUUCUACUCAUCUGCCUGUGUGUCUGCGGCGGUCUUCGUUUACGUCGCAAGGGUCCCGAGGAGUCAACACACGGUGCCGCUGCUGUAGGAGGUACCGCAGGAGGCUUCAAGGGCCCAGAAAAGAAAGAUGGAGAUGCGGAUGUCGUGGUGACAAAGCAGGGCAUUCACCAUGAACGCGUCGGUAGCUGGGAACUCCGAAGUCCAAAUGAGAUACCUCCUCAGACUUCUGGAAUCGUGACCAAGGAUAUGGGGUCUCCUCCCCAGAGACGAUCCUUGGAUGACAGCGACGAUGACAUCAGCGUUAUGAAUGCGGCACCAGUGAAGGCUCGCGAGAGCGUUUGA